AUGAAUCAAGAGAAUUACUUUGACGUUUCCAUCAAAUCUAAGAGAAAACCUAAUAAUGUUCCUUUAAAGAGACAUUCAUCAGCUAAUAAUUUAUCGAAUGAAUUUAAGCGACCAGGUGAUUAUUAUAUUCAAAAAUUAAGUAGUAGUUCAUUAAAUCUUUCUAAACGACCUAUUAGUGGAGAUAGUAUAGUAUCAUUAAAUUCCAAUUAUAGUGAUGAUAUAAAUUCUAUAAAUUCAGAAAUUCAUGAUUCAAGAUUAUCUUCAUUAACAUCAAAUUCCAUUAUAAUUUCUCCAAAUAAUAGUCCACAAAUAACUGGAAAAUUAGACGAUUCAAUCCAUUCAAUUUCAACUAUUCAAGAUUUACCUAAUACUAAUGAAUUUAGUUCCCAAAUCAAUACAGUAGUAGAAGAUCCUGAAGAAAGAGAAGAAAUUUUGGAAUCCAAUGAAACAGUUGCCACAUUACCACCAUCAAAAAGUAAUAGUUCAUUAUCAAAUAUGAGUCCUAACACAUCAUUCGGAACACCUUUAAAAAGUGUUUCAACAACUACUUUAUCAAGAACAAAGACCAAAUAUUUAUCACAACAAGAAUUCAAAACACGUCAAAAAUUGAGAAAACAAGCAUAUGAUGAUAGUUAUAAUGAAGAUGAAAUAUUAUCUAAUGAUAUUGAUUUAGUAUUUAAUGUUCCUGUGAUCAAAAACCAAAGUGAAUUGUACUUGAAGAAAAACUUACGAACUGAUUUUGAUGAUAAAUAUAAACCAUUCCCAUUACCAGGUAAAUUGAGAAGUAAUUCCACCCCCAACAUUAAAACCAUUCAUAGUAGUAGUAAUCUCAGUAUUAACUCAAGUGUCAGUUCUAUUACUUAUCCUAAUGAUCAUAAUAUUACCAAUGAAAGUAUCAUUGAAGAAGAUUCCUCCUCGUUUGAAGAUGGUGAUGAAGAUUCAAUGAUUAUUUCAAAUAUUUCUAAUUAUUAUAAUGAAAGAUCCAAAUCUUACUCAAAAUUAAUGAAAAAGGGUAGACAAGAUAAUUUGAUGUAUAAAUUACCAAGUUUUGUUAAAUCCCAAUCAUCAUUAGAUGAUUUAAAUUUAAUGAGCUUGGAAAAAUUAACAAUGAUUGACCAAACAAGACCAAUUAAUUUACCACCUAAAAAUUCUAAUGAUAUAAUGAAACAUAAUAAAGAAUUACAAAAAAUUUUAAACGAUUUACAUGAUAAUGAACUCAAAGAUUUUAAAGACCAUGAUGAAUUCCGUACUGAUUGGGUCAAAUUAUUCGAUAAUUUAUUGAUUAAAUUAUCAACACAAAAAAAUUUCAUAAGGAAAUUGAAUUGGGAUUCUAAUUGUAUUGAAGAAGAAAGACUCAAUUACUUUAUGAAAAUUUUAUUCAAGGAUGAAAAUACUGAAAAAAUUGAUAAAAGUUUCCAUGAAUUGAUGGAAAUUUAUAAUCAUUUGAAUGAAUCCAUAAAGACUAAUAGAAUCUUGGAAUUUAAUAAAAUCUUCCAAGAUUUAAUCAAUAAACCUUUAUUCCAUUCAUUAAAUUUAAUCAUUCAUAAACAAGAAUUUCUUGAUUUAAUGUUUUUAUUAUCUUUAGAUAAUAAUUUACAUAAACAUGAUGAAAUCUUCCUUAUACCCAUUACUUUAAUAUUAUUCCCAGAAACUGAAUUGAUUGAAAAAUUCAAAUUUUUAAGAAUUUUCAAUGAAAAAAUCUUUAACAAAGAAUUAAUUUUGAAUAUUAAUGAAAAUUUCGAACUUUGGUCAACUAAAUUACCUAAGAAAGUUCGUCCAUUCUUGAAUAAUUUCAAUUUAAAAGAAUUCCAUAAUUUAAAUUUCUUGAAAUUCUUAGAAAUUUUAUUACAAUUAAAUGAUAAGUUACCAUUAUCAAUAUCCGCAUCCAAUCCUUCAACUCCAAUAUUGAAAAAUAAUAUCAAAUCUUGUAAUUUGGAAAUAAUUUACAAAUUCUUACAACUUUUGAUUAUUUAUUCAGUCAACUCAACAUCGAAAAAUUAUAACCAAUUGAAAAUCUUCCAAAGUUUCUUGAUGGUAUUGAUAAAAUAUUAUCAUAUAAAUUGGAAUGAUUUCAAUGAUUUAAUCAAAUUGAAUAAAUCCAUAAAGAUAAAUUUCAAUAUGGAUCAAGGCAUCAAUUUAACUAAUUUUGUUGAUAAAUGGAGAAAUAUUUUCCAUAGAUUGUAG